AUGAGGGACGGCAUCUCAACCGGUACAGUUUCACCGCGAGUGGCACCGUACGACGAUAACACGCAACAUUCGAAAAAUGGCGGUACCCAGGGCUUCGAAGAGUCCCCUGCGAAAAGGAUAAAACUGGAUGGGCCUGAAACGAAUACACAGAGUAGUGAUAAUUCGCGGAGAAAGGGUACUGCGCCAAUAAAAGAAGAGUACUUGAUUCGCUUAAAUCGUGAAUCUGCCGCCCUACCGGGUACUGACGUACGGGAUGACGAGGAGGCAGAGGCUGCUCAUCAUAAGGAACGAACCAACGAGAAAAAUGGGAAUCAGAGGAAAAAGCAGAAGGGGCAAAAUACGGGGCGCAGAUUUGGAAAAUCGCAAGACAUCAAAGGUCUCUGCCAGAGUGUGACCCAUAGCCCUGAAUUCUCGCCAAAUCCUUGUCAGUUUGCAAGCAAUUGCCGUUACGAGCAUGACUUGCGCAAAUAUUUAAAGGACUAUAAGCGGGAGAAUCUAGAAACGUUCAAUGGCAUCUGCCCCGUCUGGGAGGCUUAUGGGGUAUGCUUUUCAGGAUGGAAGUGCAGAUUUGUUGGAUCACAUAUGGUAGAGCGAAACUUGGGAGAUGGAAAAACAGAACUGGUUUUACUAGAGGACCAAGAGCGGAAAAAAGCAGCUACCCCGCUGGUAGACGGCGCUAUCGAGGCUGGAGUCUUGAAUUCUAUAUCGACGGAGUCAAAAGUUGAUCUUAUGAAGAAGAGAUAUCAAACUCCAAAGGCUAAUGCCUAUAUUUCCUGGCUUGAUGAAACUUCUAAGCAAUUGGAAAAACAUAUCCAUGGCAGGAAGUUCGACGGUGAUGACGAAUGUGCGGAAACAAGUGGCGAAGCAAAUGGUCCCACGGAAGACAACAGAGCGCAAUACAAAGAGCCUCCAUUUCUUCCUUCUGAAAAGAGAAGAUUAUAUUUUGGUGCAGAGACGCCAGUCUUGGCUCCGCUUACAACACAAGGCAACCUUCCUUUUCGGAGGCUCUGUGUAGAACUGGGCGCACAGUUUACUUAUUCCGAAAUGGCUAUGAGUCUACCUCUGAUCCAGGGCCACAAAGGCGAGUGGGCUCUGAUGAAGGCCCAUCAGUCUGAGGCAAUAUCGCCCACCGUCGCCUCAAAGCAGACUAUAGUCAAAGAAUACGAUAAUUCCAAAGAUCUGAAAUUCGGAGCCCAAAUCUCUGCUAACAAGCCAUGGCAAGCAUUAAAGGCCACAGAAAUAAUGACCGCUCUUUGUCCGCAUCUCCGUGUUGUUGAUCUUAACUGUGGUUGCCCUAUUGACCUUGUUUACAGAGACGGCGCUGGCUCGGCACUUCUUGAACACCCGUCCAGGUUAGAAAAAAUCCUGCGAGGAAUGAAUGCCGUCUCUGGUGAAGUCCCAGUUAGUGCAAAGAUUCGAAUGGGCACAAAGGAUAACAGCCCUACGGCGCUCAAGCUUGCAGAACGCCUUGUUCUUGGAGGCCCUGAAUUUGGCGGUAUUGGCUUUGGACCACCGGGAGUGGGUGCAAUUACACUUCACGGUCGAAGCAGACAGCAGCGAUAUACGCGAGAGGCUGACUGGAGCUACAUAGCCGAAUGUGCAACUCUUAUCAACAGGCUCAAUCAGAAAUCUGAUGAUGUGACGGAUACAGUACGAGAGCCAGAAGAGCGACUUCAGCCUUCUGGAAAAAAGGUGUUUUUUCUUGGGAACGGUGACUGUUAUUCCCACGAAGAUUAUUUCAAAUCCAUUCAAGAGUCCUCCGUGGAUACUGUGAUGAUAGCUCGGGGGGCACUCAUGAAACCCUGGAUUUUCGAAGAGAUUCAAGCAGGGCAGUAUUUGGACAAAUCCUCCUCGGAGCGCCUAGGUCUGAUUGAAAAAUUUGCUAAGUAUGGCCUUGACGCAUGGGGCUCCGACGAACACGGAGUUGGAACAACACGACGGUUUCUUCUUGAAAUGCUGAGCUUCACCCAUCGAUACAUUCCAAUUGGGCUCCUGGAAUAUCUUCCCCCGAGAAUCCAGGAUAGACCGCCUGCAUAUUCUGGGAGAAAUGAAUUAGAGACAUUACUUGCGAGUGAUAACUAUAAGGAUUGGAUUAAAAUAAGUGAAAUGUUUCUUGGCCCAGCACACAAGGAUUUCAAAUUUGAACCAAAACACAAGUCGAAUAGCUAUGAGAUCGAAGGCUAA